UGAAAAUCUGCCGAUGACAGGAAUCUGUAGCGCAGUCUGAGGAGAAAUUUAACUGAUUAAUAAGGCAGACGGACAGUGAUUCCGCUGAGUGUAUCCUAGUCACUGAUUUCGUCUUUCUGAGGAGCGAUUUUCGACUGCACGACUUACUGUAGACUAUAUCCCCCCUGAAGAUGGAGUUUGGAGAAAGGAAGAGGAGAAGGAAGUCACAGAGCUUUAAACUGGUCACGGAUGAAGAUUCUGACCCUUCAUAUAUGAUAAAUUCCAGCUGUAAAGAUGCCAACGGAGAGCCUAAGGAUGCUGCUGUGCCUGAUGUUUGGGUGGGGGAUGAGGGCAUGGAGAUCAAGAGGCAAAUCACAGGAAUGAUGAGGCUUCUGAGUGAGAAGACCGGCAGGGUAUAUCAGCGUGUGGGAACAGAGCAGGACAGCUUAACAAAGGAGCCCCAGGAUAGGCAUCUGACCUGGGUACAUCAGCCUGCACCUUUAUCUCUUGUAUCAGAGGACCACCAGAGCAACAGCUGGAACUCUGCAGGGGACCCAGGACCUUCACCUUCAUCCAUAUCCACCCCCAUCCCCAACGGUCCAGGCUGUGGCCAGUACAGCACCCGCUCCAAAGCCAUGAGGAUCCUCAACAAUACCAAGGAUCUGAUCAAAGUGAAUGAUGAUAACGCAGAUGUAGUCCCUCCUGAUGUGCCAGAACCCCCCUGCUGUAUGUGUAACUGUAAGGGCACCUUGCAGGCUAUUUUGCAGGAAAUGCGCGCCAUGAGGAGGCUGAUGCAGACUCAAAAAGCAUCCUUAGAAAGACAGGAACAGGCAGUAUCACCAUGCCAACCUCGUCUUGGUCCAGGCCCCGCUCCUCGCUGUAGGCCCCGCAAGAGGAGGCCAAUCUAUAAAAUGACACCACUCACUGUGUCUAGUAAUAGAAGAGCUGCUCUUGCCCCUCUGGAGGCAUCACCACUUACAGCUGCACCUGCAGAAUCUGAAAAGAGGAAAGAAUGUGAGAAAGAGCAAGACUCGUCUACACCAAACACUCAUCCCGUAUCCUCUGGGGUUUCUGUGCUGCCACCUCAGAACAAUCCAGUAACUGCCAACAACACACACAAUCCACUCCUGAACCAACUAAGAGAACCCCACUUGCUAGAGUCUGAUGUGCGUCUUGCAGAGGAUUAUGACGUGUUUAUCUCGAAGGCUCAGCUAGACUCCAUUCUGGUCAACUAUACACGCUCUGGCAGCCUGCUGUUCAGGAAACUGGUGUGUGCCUUCUUUGACGAUGCUACCCUGGCUAACUCCUUACCAAAUGGAAAAAGGAAGAGGGGGCUGAAUGAUAACCGUAAGGGCUUGGACCAAAACAUCGUGGGUGCCAUUAAAGUGUUUACAGAGAAAUACUGCACUGAACACAGAAUAGAGAAGUUGCCCGGACCACGAGAUUGGGUUCAGAUCCUUCAAGAUCAGAUCAAACUUGCCAGGAGGAGGCUGAAAAGAGAUGCUGCAGAAGCAGAAGAAGUCUUAAAUGGACCUUCCACAAGUUGUGACUAUAACAAACCUGCAAGUGUGAAAGGAACAGGGGUUAAUAUGACUGGCUGA